AUGGAGUUCGACGAGUACGAGUACCUGGAGCAGACGGUGGAGAAAGCCACGGCCCCAGUGGAGAAGGAGCCAUUGGUUAAUGGGAUCCAGUCGGAUGACGCAGGCUCGGGCAAGAGCUCAAAGAGAGCAGCGGAGGAGCUUGAUGGUGACCCGGAUCUCGCGGCCAAGAUUGCUAGAUCGGAGGACGCUUGUGCCCCUCGGGACGACGAUCUUCAACGGGAGAAGAGCUCCUCACGCCGGCGAUCUUCCGACGAACACCGCUCGAGGAACGGAGAGGGGAGUGAAAGAGAUAGGCACAGGAAAGAGGAUAAAGAUAAGGAGAGGGAGAGGGACAGAGAGCGGGACAAGGAAAGGAUCAGGGAUCGGGAUCGAGAGAUGGAGAUAGAGCACGAGAGGUCGCGGCGCAGCAGGAGCCACUCGGAUAGGCACCGUGAUGAGGAGCGGGAAAGGUCACGGCGAAGUAGGAGCCGUUCUGAGAGGCAUCACGAUGAGGAGUGGGAAAGGUCACGGCGCAGCAGAAGCCGCUCGGACAGGUACCAUGAUGAAGAGCGGGAAAGUUCACGACGCAGUAGGAGCCGCUCUGAGAGGCAUCGUGAUGAGGAACAGGAAAGGUCACGGCGCAGCAGGAGUCGCUCGGAGAGGCACCAUGUUGAAGCGCAUGAUAGGUACAGGGAGAGGAGUACGGACAGGGAACUUAGAGAACGUGAGAGAGAACUAAGGGAACGAGAACGUGAAGCUAGGUCAGUGUCUGCGUGUUUCUAUGUUGAACAUGCUCCUCUUGUUUCUCUGAUUCGCUGACUUAUGAGUUGGUGUUUCAUUGAUUGGCACUCCAAGAUUGUAGUUCUAUUGCAGUUUUUGCUCAUUCUCUUCCAAGCAUAUUGUCUUCAGCAGUGUGUCUAAUGCGUAGUUGCUUCAAUUUUGGAUUUCAAAUGCUGAUUUGCAGGCGAUGUAUGAAACACCAUUUAAUGAUCAACUAUACAGUGUUACGACGUACAGAAUGAAAUAAGUAUCUACUUAUCUCUAAUUCGGUCUACAAAUUGGUUUCUUGAAUGACCUUCAAGUUGAGUGGUGGGCAGGUAAAAGGUUACAACGCCCAUUUCUUUUUUAAAGUCUUAUUAUGGUAUAUUGUGGUGCGAAGCUUACUUUUUGGACAGUAAAGAUAGAGUGGGUCAAAUGAUGCUUGAGAGUCACGAGUAGGCAGGAGAACUAUCCCAACUCUAGUUCGACGGUGAAUUCUUGAAAAAAUGGCUAAUAGAUUCCUAUUCUGGUGCUUAUAGAACAAACAUCAGUGUUACGAUUACUUUGCCUGAUCCCUUCAGCUGAUCAUUAUUACAUCUGAUUCUCAUUAUGUCUGAUUCCUUUGCUGAUACUAACCAAUUCUCUAUUGAAGUUCGAUGGGCUAUAUCUUUUGGGAUCUGAAAGGACUCCCACUACCACCGUGACGAUUCAAUAGGACUGCCUGAUGUAGAUACCAUUUCUCGUUUUAUCCCCGAUGAACUUUAAACUUUGCUCUCAGGAACAUGCUGGAAAUUGAUUAAUUCUGGUUUCGUCUGGCUGGUAAGUAAUGAAUGAGUCUGGGAGAAAUUCAAAACUGGUUGUUUUUUUUCCAAGGUGAAGUCACUAUUACGUUGAUAGGAAAGAUCAACAGGUAAUGGGAUAAGAAUUUCCGCUCAUAUCCUUUACUAAUGGAAUUCGCUGAAUAAAUUCUGAAAGAGUUCCUGUUUCUCAUUGAAUUCUUCUUAUAUUCCUUUCGCAUGAUGUUGUCCAUAAUGCAGUUGGUAAGAAUAAUUUCCCUCAAGUUUCCUCCUAUGUGAUAUGUAAAAGAUCCCGUCCCUGUUGUUAAACCGCUGUAUUUCCAUUGGUUUUAAUUUCGUCUUUCACAAAACUCGAAUAAUUCUUCAACGGGGGAAAUUUUCUGUGGUUUCUCUUAAUAUGCCACAGAAAACACCAGUAUAAUUUACAUAAUGGCUAAAUUACAUGUUUCUUCCGGCAGUAGGGAUAUCAUAAUGUUUACUGAGAAUUGGUAUCAUGUCAGUAUGGGAUUAGAACGUCCGCACUGUUUCUUUAUAACAGAACAGGUGGCCUUGAACAACCCUCAAUCUCCUUCGAAACAUGCUUUAAAAGUAAGUUUGAUUCCGUAAUUUCCUAGGGUAAUUCAGUUGGACUAGCAUUUCGUUUUCAUGUGAUUCCUGAACGUGGGGAAAUGUUUCACUCCUUGAGAGCUGAGAACGUGCCAUUUUAUGAAACAGUAAUCCAAGAGGGCACUUCUCUUUUUGAUUAGUACGUUGGACUUACUUUUUGAUUAGUAGUUCUGGUCCUCUUUUCGAUGUCUUUGCAUCCUGUUUUUAUUUUUAUCCAUCAUUCUUGAUAAUUCAAAUGGUCAAACAACAGGUUUUGGCUACUGGCAGAUGUGCCGACCUUUUGACGUCUAUUAUGGGAACAGAGCCUGAUUAGGAACUCAGAUCCUGUUCCUAUUUAUUAUCCAUGAUAUAGUUCCUUAAAAAUAUUUUGCCCCGGGUGGGAAGCUUGGCUGGUGACUUUAGGGUUUUGAACCGAUUAGUGACGUUGUGCUAUGAUUUUGGUAAUCCUUCAUUGGGCUGGUUGCACAUUGACUCAGUUAUAUGUGUUGUCUUGCAGACAUGCUGGUGAGUGGAAUCUUGAUCUUCUUCACUCCCGAUGCUUAUGAGGAAUUGGGGGUUAGAGUACAUUUUUUUCUUCUUGCUUUGGACAUUUGUCCGCUGUAAAACAGAAAACUUCAGGCUUUUGUAUAACCUUAAUUUUCUGAUCACAUAUUAGCCUUUUUUAUUUAUCAAUAGAAUAUGCAAGAUUCUGAGGAAUGCAUACAGCUUCUUACGUGGGAAAAAAUUAUAAUUCAUUCCGUUCAUUUAUUCUUAAGAAUAUGCGUUAGUUUCCCUCUUUCCCAGAUUUUUUUCGACAUGGAUAUAAUUCUCUAACGAAGUUUUCAUAUUCUUAGGGAUAUGUAUUCAAUUUCUGUGAGAGGGACUGUUGAAAGUCCCUUUCUCAACAGUUACUGUGCCAUGUGGUGUUGUAUUAAUUUUCUCCUUUUCUUUUCUGUUUUUUUUUUCUCAUUUUCAUUAUUUUCAAAACUUACCUGUUGAUAUGUUCUAACAUAAGCAUUCACUAGAAUUUCCAGCUAUUAAUUUAUGUUUUAUUCUCGUGAUUUUUUUUGGAUUGUGAAUUUAUAAAAUGCAUUUUUGUUGUGGAUUAGAUCGUCUGGGUAACCGAACUUUAUGUAUUCUGCAUGUUAUUCGUAUUAAGUUGGAAGAGUUUGCUGCAUUAUCUUGUAGAUCUUAUUUGGAUACUGACUACCGCAUCAAAAUUCAGUUGAAUGUGUAAACUUCUGCUAUGGAUCUUUCACAUGAUUCCUUCUUUUCCUUAUUGCUUCAGUUUUGCUUCUCUGUUGCAACGUUGGUUUUACUGGAAUUUUUCUUUCUUGCAGGCGUUACAAAGAGAAGAAGGAAGAAGUAGCAGAACCUGAGGCCGAUCCUGAAAGGGAUCAGAGAACUGUGUUUGCCUAUCAGGUUAUCCAUUGCAAUAUGUUGUGUUCUCUGUUUCCCCUUGUUAGUUUUACGGACUAUUUAUUUAUGCAUGUGAUUCUUGAUGCCCAUUUAUUCCUCUGAAUGUUUCUUUGACAGAUUAAUCUGAAAGCUGAUGAAAGAGACGUAUACGAAUUUUUCUCUAGGGCUGGCAAGGUAAUUUUUCUCGAGUGUUUCAUUUAAAUUAUUCAGAUUGGAUGUAAUUCAUCUUGCUCAUUAUAGAAGUUGACUAUUACUUAGUGUCUCUUAUUGGCAUUGUCUGAUAUCUUGAGUUUGUCGAAGAACGUAUCAAAAGAAUGUAGGAAUCAUAUUCACUGAAAGAAGGGGGAAUACCAGUGUGUGAAGUCUAUGCCAUUUGGUAGUGGUAAUAUUGAGAAAACUUUGUGUCGUUUAUAGCAUGGCUAAACUUUAGGAUGCCUGAGUUUAUUCUACCCAAAUCAAGGAUACCAAUUGGUUUUGAAGGGUAGACGCCUGAUCUUCCUCUUUUAGUGGGUUGACACCACAAUAAUUGUCUUAUCGCUGGUCAGCUCGAAAAAUGCUCUGCCAUCGUUCUGAAAGCUCUGAUUUUGCUACCAUAGAUCAAUGAAGAUGUAAUUGGAAGAAUUAAAGAAAGAAAUGAGAGAAGGACGGAAGAGGAAGGGAUAAAAUUAGAAGUAGAAAGGGGAGGACAGAGAAUGUGAAAAAGAACUGUGGAGGAAGAAGAAGGCAAUGUGAGCCACAAAAGAUGAAGAAAGAUGAGUGAGCAUUAAACUUGCCACCUACUUUGCAGUCAUUCCUUCUGCUCCUCACCCGCUUCUUCCUUUUUAUUUUUUGAUCCUCGCCCACAAAUGCCACAUUUGCUGUCCUUUGCCUGUUUUAUGUGCUUGCUUAUGAAUGAAGCACCAGUGGAUAUGAGGUGAAUUGAAGAUACGAGGCAUGAACAUCAGGGGAUUAGAAACGGCUUUUAUAUAAUGUUUUUCCCUAAAAAAAAUAUAAGAUUUUCUGAAAACAUAUUUAUAAAUUUAUGCUCAGUGUUCAAAGAAAACUGUUUUGCAUAUUUUGGUGAAUGAGCCCCUUUUUUCUGAUUUUUCAAUCCUGUUCUGGAUCUGAUCAAGUUUGGUUGAACUUGGAAGCAGAUUCCAUUGUGCAAUCUUUGAUCAAAAGAUGUGAUUGGAAAUUCAUGAUAGGGAAGGUAAAGAUUAUGAACUUGGUGAACUGCCUGCUGCUUUUUUCGAACUCAGCAAAUAAACCAAUGCAUCGAGGAAACAUUAUUUUUGCUGAAUCUCGUGACAUCAUCGCAAUGAGAUUAAAUUCUUGAAACUUGAAUUUUGAAGACUGGUUUUCUCAUGAUGUUAUGAUCUUGUAUGCCCAUUUUUCUAAUCGAUGUCUGUGCUUCUUAUGCUUAGGUUCGAGAUGUCCGUCUCAUUAUGGACCGUAAUUCCAGGCGUUCCAAGGGAGUGGGGUACGGCGUUUUCUUUUCUGUUUUCCUUUGUUGAACAUUUAUUCUGGUAUCUUUGAGAAUAAAAUAAAGACUAUCCCUUCUGUGUUUUCACUUAAGAAGAUUUUUUUUCAGCGGUUGUGAGAACGCGUGUGUAGCUUUCUGUCUCUUACUGCACAUUUUUCCCUGUCAUGGUGACAGGAUUAGUGGCGUAGUUCUUGGUUACGAGCAUUUCGUUUCUUUUCGGUUUCCUUCUGUAGGUUUUCGGUUUCUCGUUCGUUUCUUGUUCGGAAUCCUGACCCAGGUGCAUAACUCAGUGGAGCAUAUGCUGAUUGUACUGACGUCUCUUGUAGGUACAUUGAAUUCUAUGAUGUCAUGUCUGUCCCUAUGGCGAUUGCUCUCAGCGGCCAGCUACUCCUUGGUCAACCUGUUAUGGUUAAACCUUCGGAAGCUGAGAAAAAUCUCGUCCAGUCAACAACGACCACUGCCGGAGGAGGGACGGGGCCCGCCUCUGGUGUGGCCAGAAGAUUGUACGCCGGCAAUCUCCCAAUGAACAUCACUGAAGAUCAGCUCAGACAGGUGCAGCUUGCGCCAGAUGGAUAGCUCUUGUUUUUAGCUUGAGGCUCUUCAGACGGUUCCCUUAAUACUCUCCCCGGCACAAAUUCUCUGACUUCCUGGUCUUUGCCUAGGUUUUUGAACCGUUUGGUUCUGUCGAACUGGUGCAGCUACCUCUUGACCUAGAGACACGGCAGUGCAAGGGCUAUGGGUUCAUCCAAGUACCAUCUUUGAAGCAUCUUCUUCUUCUUCUUCUUCUGAUGCAGUUGCUUUGCCCACCCUGUACUGAUCGCGUCCUGUUGAUUCUUCCAGUUUGCCCGGCUAGAAGAUGCACGAGCCGCACAGAGCUUGAAUGGGCAGCUGGAAAUCGCUGGAAGAACUAUAAAGGUUAUUAAAAUGGCAAACCAUACCAUUGGGACAAAUUGUUCAUGUUUUCUUCUUUUUCCUUUUUGACUUCAUCUUUCCUCUUGUAGGUUUCUUCGGUGUCCGAACACGUCGGCAUGCAAGAUGUCGGCACAAAUGCGGGUGAUCUUGACGACGAUGAGGGAGGCUUGGUAAGGUUUCAGCUUUCCUCUUCUCAUACAAUUCCCCAGUAGUCAACUUCUGUAUUGUUUCCAUAAAAAAUAAAAUAAAAUCCGUUGCUCCUAUUUUUAGAAUAAUGGGCCAUGCAACUCGAUCCCAAUUGGCAAUGAGUAGAGCAGCAGGUUAUAUAUAUAUAUAUAUAAAUAAAUAACUGUAUAAAACCAUAGGUUCUGAAGGAAAUGAUGCAUGAACGUGUGAUAUUCACAACUUCUAUUCAAUUUGUAGGCUCUAAAUGCUCAGUCCAGAGCCCUUCUCAUGCAGAAGCUGGACCGCAGUGGCAUAGUCACCAGGUUUGUGAUGCCAACACUUCUCCAUUGCUUCUUUCUUCUUCAUGCCGCCCCGCCCCUCUCUCUCUCUCUCUAUCUCUCUCUAUCUCUUCUGGAUGCACGGCAACUCACUCCUCUCCGCAUGAAGCUAGAGCAUGGAUUGUGAUGCCGACGACUUUCUAAGUCUUCCUCUGCUCUUCAAUUGUAGGCUCCUGUUCCUGGACAGUUGCCUUAGCCAACAAACGCCUGCCAAGGUCUACUGUUUAUGAGUUUUGCCGUGCCCACACUAACUGCUGCUCCUCCCCUUCACAGCGUUGCCACCUCACUAGCGACUAACGUUGCCGGCAACCCUGCAGUCAGCAUACCGGCAGCGCCCAUCCUCAGCGCCGCCGCCCUGCCCGUCGUUGCUCUGCCAGCCCCCGCCGACGCCAUCGGCCCGCCCAGUGAAUGCCUGCUGCUGAAGAACAUGUUCGACCCAAGCGUGGAGGUGGGCAUCAUCAUCAGCAUCACCAUCAUCAUUCAUUCCAAAUUGGGCAAUCAUAUGAUAUAAAAAUAUGAUAAUUUUCCGCAGACCGAACCAGAUUUCGACCUGGACAUCAAGGAGGACGUCCAGGAGGAGUGCUCCAAAUUCGGCGCCGUCAAGCACAUCUUUGUGGACAAGUACGCCAUCAAGGCCCUCCAUUGUUUUCCCUAGUCCUCUCUGGGGUGGGCGGUCUCUCUCACUCCCUCUCGUGUGGUCUGGUUCUCGGCAGGAACAGCGCCGGCUUCGUGUACCUCCGCUUCGACAAGGCGGCCUCUGCGGUCGGCGCCCAGCGGGCUCUCCACGGGCGGUGGUUUGCCGGGAAGAUGAUUUCGGCCACCUUCAUGGUGAGAUCCCUUCCCCCUUUUCUACCUUCCCUUCCCCUCUUUUAUACUCACUCACCCCGUUCUCUUCCUGCAGCUCCCACAGGCUUACACUGCCAAGUUCCCUGGGACCGGUUAG